GACUGCUAUUGAGACGACAUUUCGUGCUGUAAGUGGUCAUAACUGAUUGAAUGUGUUGAAAUUUAUUUUGAAUUGCGUUACAAAAUACGGUUUUGUUUGGUUUCUAGGCAAAACGUAUAAGCAUCCUAGUUCAGUAUGGAAGAUAGAAACGAACAAUCAAACUCAGCAUUACAAAACCAUGAUAAUUUGGAUUCUGAUGAAUCCUUUGAAUCAUUAUCGAGAGGUAUAACAGACGGGCUAGAUGCUUCUGGUAAUGCAAAUAAUUAUACAUCUGUAUCUGUAAAAAGGCCAAGACUCUUAGAUUUGUCAGAUGAUGAAACAUCCACUGAACUCGGUUCAAUCAGCAACGAGAAUCGCUCGAAUGAGAUUACAGUUGAACAACGUUCUUUACAAGAUGCUUUUACAUGCGCCGAGAUACAAAAUGUAGGCAAUUUGGGUGAUUCCAAAAGAGCUCUUAGUUGUGAACCGUGUGAAAUUCAAGGCAAAACUUCUCAGGCUUCGACGUUUUGUCCGAGUUGUGAAAAAGAGAUGUUAUGCGAAAUCUGCUCAACAAUACACAGGGUAUUGCCUAUUACGAAAUCACACGAUCUUCUGGUUAUUUCCGAACAUCCUGCAUACAAACAGAUGGAGAAUGUAGAUAUCCCCUCCUGCGGUCUCUGCCUUUUGCAGAACGUUGGUAAUGAAGCAAGUGUCCAAUGCAUGCAGUGUGAAACGUUUCUCUGCGAUGCAUGUUCCAAACAGCAUAAGGCUCAAAAAGCGACCCGCUCACACAAACUAACAUCAAUUGUGAAAACAAUCGACCGGUCACAUGUAUCUUGCGCCGACCACAACGAUAGGGAAUUAUCUCAAAAGAAUGUUGUAUCUCCAGACACAAUGAAGUUGAAACAACCGGGUCGACCAGAAGCUUUUGAUAUUACUUCUGAUUCUUUGACGCUUUCAUGGACAAAACCUGCCCUUCAAGCGGACGGGGAUUAUUUUCAAAUAGAAUAUAAAGAAUUAAUACAAGGGUCAAAGUGGAAAACUUUUACCGGGGAAUUUACUGAAUCAACGCAAAUUCUGACGAAUUUAAAAUCAGAAACAGAGUUUGUAUUUCGGGUACGGGCCCUUCAAUGCGACGGUGAAGGUCCGUAUAGUGAAGAAAGUGCGGUUGUCAAAACGCACAUUUCCACAGCCUCUCGUCUGAUUGGUUUCUCCGUCCGUCUUGAUGAAGAAACCACGUCACCGAUUCGGUAUGCCUUGCCAAUGUGUGAAGUUAAAGAGGCAAGAAAUAGUAGGGCUAAGACACGAAAAUUCUAAGUGGGGUCGCCAUCAGGCACUGAUUGGAAGGAAAAGACCUUGCCGAUGAUAGGAGAGACAGGGACAGGCAAGAGUACCCUGGUUGAUGGAAUGGCCAACUACAUACUUGGAGUAGCAUGGAGUGAUCCGUUUAGGUUUAACAUCGUAAAUCUGGAGGAAGAAGAGAAACAAAAGAUAAGAAAUCAGGCCGUGUCUCAAACAGAGUGGAUUACCUGCUACACUAUUCACCCUCAAGCGGGAAGCAGACUUCCGUAUACAGUCAACAUGAUCGACACACCAGGCUUUGGUGAUACAAGAGGACUUGAACGAGAUCAGGAAAUCGUGGAACAGAUUCGAGAGUUAUUUUCAGAAAAGCCUUCAAAGGGUGUGUUAUAUAUUGACGCAGUUUGCUUCCUAAUUAAGGCACCUGAUGCACGUCUUACGCCAAUUCAGAGCUAUAUUUUUCAGUCCAUCAUGUCGUUGUUCGGAAAAGAUAUAGAAAACAAUAUAUGCUCUCUGAUAACAUUUGCGGACGGUAUGGAUCCUCCAGUUUGCGCAGCUUUGAAUGAGUCGGGAUUGCCGUUUGGAGAACGUUUUACGUUUUAUAAUUCUGGUCUUUUUGCAAAAAAUACGGGUCUGUCUCAAAGCUGCCUGUCGCCAAUGUUUUGGGAAAUGGGGCUCGUGAGUUUCAGAAACUUUUUUAAGCAUCUCGAUACCUUAGCAACAAAAAGCUUGCAGUUGACGAGCGCUGUUCUGUAUGAACGAAGUCGCUUAGAAGCAACCAUCCAAAACCUCCAACCAAAACUUGAUAUUGGUAUCAACAAAAUAAAUGAAUUAAAAGCUGUUUGGUUGGUAAUGGUCUAUAAUUAAACACCAUAUGUUAGAAAGAAUAUUUCGAUUGUUCUUUGUGUGUGAAAAUUAACUUAAGAUACUUUCAGUUGGAAAAUAUGCUGGACUUAUGCACUCGAUUUCUAAAAAGGUGUAUUCAUAUUGUUCGCUGUAAACUUUAUUUUCCAUCUAUCACUUAUCAUUAUCAAUUACAGUAUCGCAGUUUAUGCAGCCUGGCAAGUAUAAAAUUGUGUUGUUUUUACGGUAUUCACGAAACUAUGUCAACGAAAAGUGCCUAUAAGGGACAAUAUUUUUGUUAACCCGAUCGCACACUAGCAGUACGGCGUCGAUAUGAAUAACCCACGAUUUUUCUCUUGUAGAAGUAGUUGUAGUAGUACAAAUAGUAAUAGUAGACAUAGAAGUAGACGUAACAUAAGAAGUAGUAGUAGUAGUAGCAGUUAUAGAAGUAGUAGUUGUUGUAGAAGUAGUAGUAGUAGUAGUAAUAGUAGUAGUAGUAGUAGUAGUAGUAGUAGUAGUAGUAGUAGUAGUAGUAGUAGUGAUAGUGGUGUUAGUAGUAGUAGUAGUAGUAGUAGUAGUAGUAGUAGUAGUAUAGUAGUAUUAGUUGUUGUUGUUGUUGCUGCUGCUACCGGUGUUGUUGUAGUGUUAGUUUAAGUUUGAAUAAGGUUAUUGUGUUUUCAUUCUGCUCUUUUAAAUGUUGUUGUUAUAAUGUUCUUUUUGUUCGUGCGUGUGUGUUGUAUUUCGGGAUGUGGUUGUAUGUCUUAUUCUAUACUCUCUGCACGAAAUUGUUCAAGGAAAGUGACUAACUACCAUUUGACCUUUGACCUUAAAUUGUGUUAUCUUUGUGUUUUUUCACAGAAUAUAUAUCAAACUUAAAAUACAUUAUUUAUUUAUUUAAAUACGUAUUAUAUUUUAUUCCGAAUACGAACUUAUCCAUAUAUUAUUUUAUUAAAUCAUUUGUUAUUUCUGUCACAAGUUAUGUACAACAAGUAGCGAAUCGUAUAGC